AUGGCGGAGAACAAGCGCCAAAGCUCAGUGAAAGCGUCCGCGCAAAAGUCAUCUGGUAACGUAUCAGGUUCCGGCAUGGCAGCUAUGGUUCCCUUGGAGGCCGCAUUGAGCGGCGCGAUUGGCGCCCGUGUGCGCCUCACCACUGCCCAACCCAAUGCGAUGACCCACGAAGGCACAUUGUUCACAGUCGAUCCCAUCACCAGCCUCGUGGCUAUCAACACUGCCCCCGCGGCCAACCCCGGGGACGCCAAACAGGCCCAGAACGGUGACUAUCAUGUGGUCCCCAUCUCGCGUAUCCAAGGCUUCCAGAUCCUCUCCCUUGCCGCGCCCUCCAACUCCACCUCGUCCUCGUUCGCAGACGCCCAGCCUACAAUUCAGGCCCUCGAUACCCGUGCGCUGAAGGCCCGCGAGAUGAAGGCGAUUGGCGAAUUGCUCGAGCGAGAAGCGCGUCGUGGCAAGGGUGUCACUCGGGAGGCUCAGGAGCUCUUCGAUGCGUUCAGCCGUACUAUGCCCGCGCGCUGGAAUGGAAACAACAUUAUUGUCGCGGAUGCCGUAACUAUUUCGGCUCCCUACAAGGCUGAGGACUGUCGCCCGAUUAUCGACGGUGAUACCGCAGCUCUUGCUCGAGUGCGCAAGGUGCUCGAGAUGGAGCGCAAGAAGAUCGAACUUCGCAAUGCUAGCGCUACUAUUGGAUCCACUAGCACCUUCUCCCGCCCGCACGAUAUCCCCGGUGACCAGCGCAAAGGCGGAUAA